CGCACCGUUGCCGCUGCCCCGACCUCACUGGAACGUGGAUCCACCCCGUUCCCGUUCCCGUUCCCGGUAGGUGGUUAGCGCGCCCGUCGAGGAGCAGUGUCUCUCACGAGACUGCUAGCUUUACUUGCCGCUGCCGCGCUGCCCCGGCAAGCAAGCAAAGCAAGCGGAGCCUGCCGAGAUUCGAUCCCCCGCCUCCCCGCCGCGGCGCAAGUGCAACCACCACCAACCUCCCGAGAUCACGAGACCGCACCACACCCCCCCAGCUUAGCCGUGGGAGCUCGAGAUCUGAGCUGAGGCGCGCUCCGCUCCUCUCUGCUCUGCUCUGCUCUGCUACGCUUUGCCUUUGCUGGCCCCCAAUGCCGCGAGCAGGAGGAUCAACGGAGGCGGCGGCGGUGAGUCGGUAAUACUACCGUAGUCUCGGGAAAUGAGGCCGCGGCGGCACUCGUACGGCAGGGGCGGCAGGAGCGCGGCGGCGGCGGUGCUGCUCGUGCUGUGCCUCUGCGUCACCGGCGUCUUCCUCCUCCUGCUGCACGGCUCCUCCCCGCCGCUGGAUGCGGACGAAGCGAAGGACCAGGCGGCCGCGGCAGGAGGGGGGAGGCACGAGGAGCCGGUGGUCCUGGCCGAGGUGGAGGAGGCGCCGCUGCCGCCGGGGAACGCCAGGGUCGCCUUCCUCUUCAUCGCCCGCAACCGCCUCCCGCUCGACCUCGUCUGGGACGCCUUCUUCCGCGCUGACAAUGAGGGAAGGUUCUCCAUCUUCGUGCACUCGCGGCCGGGAUUCGUGCUCACCCGCGCCACCACCCGCUCCCGCUUCUUCUACAACCGGCAGGUCAACAACAGCGUCCAGGUGGAUUGGGGGGAGGCGAGCAUGAUCGAGGCCGAGCGCAUCCUUCUCAGCCAUGCACUCAAGGAUCCCUUCAAUGAGCGCUUCGUUUUUGUGUCCGACAGCUGUGUACCAUUGUACAAUUUCAACUACACUUAUGACUACAUAAUGUCUGCAUCAACCAGCUUUGUGGACAGUUUCGCCGAUACAAAACAGGGCAGGUACAAUCCACGAAUGGACCCAAUCAUUCCGGUGGAGAAUUGGAGAAAAGGCUCACAGUGGGCUGUGCUGAUUAAAAAGCAUGCUGAAGUUGUGGUUUAUGAUGAUGUGGUGUUGCCAGAAUUCAAGAAGCAUUGCAGGAGAAGGCCCUUACCAGAGUUCUGGCGGGACUGGGAUAAACCUAUUCCUGCUGAGGCAUGGAAGGCACAUAACUGCAUACCAGAUGAGCACUAUGUUCAAACAUUGCUUGCACAAAAUGGGCUUGAAGAAGAGCUUACGCGGAGAUCAGUUACACAUAGUGCAUGGGAUCUAUCAUCUUCUAAAGAUCGUGAAAGGCGUGGAUGGCAUCCUGUAACAUACAAAGUCUCUGAUGCUACACCCGCACUUAUUAAAUCCAUUAAGGAUAUUGAUAAUAUAUAUUAUGAGACCGAAUAUAGAAAGGAGUGGUGCACAAGUAAUGAGAGACCAGCACCUUGCUUCCUCUUUGCAAGGAAGUUUACACGUGGAGCCGGUCUGAAGCUUCUUAACUCUUCAUUUAUAGCAGCAAGAUGAUGAGUAUAUAUAUAGUCCAGGAGACAUCUGCCAUGAAAAAGGUUUCUCCCUCGCAAGCAGAAUACUGCCAGUUUGCAUAUACCUAAAGGAAAGGGGUGGAGGGGACAGAAAAUAGCAGAGAUUUUUUGCGUGUGUUAGAUAUAAUUUGUUGCACUCUAGGAAGUACAAUAGGUGUUGUGAAGAGAUAAACUUAUGCUUCAUAUAGCGCUAGGUUAGUACACAUGUUAGCUCACAGCUCAGCUCAGCAUUGUAACUGGAACUGUAAGCAACUAUCCACAGCUGAAUCUGGAAGAACCAAUUAAGUUUCAUUCUUGAGGAAA